AUGCAAAAUAAUGCCGGGAUCUAUGAAAACUCAGUUAAAGAAGAAGAACUUUUCAUGUGUGCACCUUCAUUUUAUGGAUUUAGUUAUACAACAAAGAAAUGGGGUCAAUUAUAUAUUGAUAAUUUAAAUGAAAUUUCGUUUGAUGAUGAUGCAUUCGAACAACUUGUUAUGGAUCCAAUAAAAAAGGAACUAAUUUCUAGUCUUGUAACGUCCAAACAUGAAGGUGUUGAUCUUAUUAGUGGUAAAGGUGGUGGUUGUAUCUUUUUAUUACAUGGGCCUCCUGGAGUUGGGAAAACAUUAACCGCCGAAGCAAUCUCUGAGUAUCUUCAUCGUCCAUUAUAUGCUGUUAGUGUUGGAGAAUUAGGAACAUCAGUAAUUGAAUUAGAAGAAAAAUUAAGUGAAAUUCUUGAGGUUGCAAAUAUUUGGAAUGCAGUUAUUUUAAUUGAUGAAGCUGAUAUCUUUCUUGAACGUCGAAGUGAACUUGAUAUUAAACGUAAUGCUCUAGUGAGUGUAUUUUUAAGAUUGCUUGAAUAUCAUCAAGGAAUAUUAUUUUUAACAACGAAUCGAGUGAAAUGUUUUGAUGAAGCUUUUCAAUCCCGUAUUUCAGUUGCCUUGAAAUAUAAUGAAUUGGAUAUUAAUGCACGUGAACAAGUUUGGUUAACGUUCUUGGAUCGUAUUGAAGGAAAAAACAAAAGCCAAGUGAAUAUUGAAAAUUUGAAAAAGAGACCUCUAAAUGGAAGGGAAAUUAAGACAGCUGUGAGAUUAGCAAAGGUACUAAAUAUAUUUGAGAAAUUCAAAAUAUUAAACUGA